AUGGCAUAUGACCGAUACAUUGCCAUCUGCAAGCCAUUGCAUUACAAGGUAAUAAUGAACAGGAGAAUUUGCAUCCAGAUAGCUGCCUGUGCAUGGGCUGCUGGUGUCAUCAACUCUGCAAUGCACACUGGGAACACCUUUAGUCUACCCUUCUGCCACUCAAAUAUCAUCAACCAGUUCUUCUGUGAAGUGCCCCAGCUACUCAGGCUUUCUUGCUCUGACACAUACCUCAGAGAGCUGGCAGCUCUUGCCUUUAGUGUGUGUUUAGGUUUAGGCUGUUUUGUUUUCAUUGUUGUGUCGUAUGUUCAGAUCUUCACCACAGUGUUGAGAAUCCCCUCUGAGCAAGGCUAUCGGAAAGCCUUCUCCACUUGCAUUCCUCAUCUUAUUGUGGUCUCCCUGCUUUUUUCCACUUCCAUCAUUGCCUACAUGAAGCCCAUCUCUGAUUCCCCAUCCCCUCUGGAUCUCCUGGCAGCUGUUCUGUAUUCCAUGGUGCCUCCAUUAAUGAAUCCGGUCAUCUACGGUAUGCGGAACAAGGAGAUCCAAGCUGCUCUGAGAACAAUGCUGCAAAGGCAGAUCCUGUCCAUCUUUCUUUUAUGA